AUGCAUCCACAAGUUUUUUUCAUUGUGGUGCAUAUGACAAUCACGAUGAGUUUGGCCAUUGCCGGAAAUCUUUUCAUGAUUUUCGUCAUCUGGCGUGGGAAUAAAGCCAUCCGGAGAAGGGUUUCACCGGUUCAGCUUCUUUUACUACACACAUGUGCGGCUGAUCUUCUCUUUGCUGUGUGCAGUUUGGGCACCGAGAUUCUCUUAUUAUUUCACUAUCCACAUUUCAUCGGGCCUGGAUGGUUGUGUAAACUUGUUCGAUACGCUCAAAUGGUACCUUUGUACGCAAGUCCAUUCCUUCUCGUUGCCAUCAGUGCUGAUCGAUAUCAAGCAAUAUGUCGUCCAUUGGCUCAUUUCCGUCGAAGUCGAUACAGAAUCCCGACUUAUUUGGCGAUGUUCGCUUGGGGUUUGGCUCUUCUCUGCUCACUGCCACAAGCGUUCAUCUGGAGGAAAGAGGAGACUUUUCCCAAAGUCGAGCAAUGUGUGACCUUCUAUCGACGGGAUAAUCAAAUUUUCAAAAGCAUUUAUGUUAUUGUCUUUAACACAAUCGCCUGGUUGCUCCCGUCGACGAUGGCUGGCCUCUUUUAUUACUUUGUUUGUAAAGCUGUCUGGAUGUCGCACAAUUCGAAACCGACACUUGACUUGACAACGACAAAGCUGAAUGUUUGUGACAACGUCGAAACGCAAAGCUAUGUGGAAAAGUUGAGACAUAAAUCCUCGGGAAUUCGGCGACAAACAUCAGAAUUCGAUCGAAAACGAAUACAAACCGUUCGUUUAACGCUUACGAUCAUUGCCUGCAAUUUCUUCUUGUGGGCACCGUUUUGUAUGGUGAACAUUCUGCAAGCGAAUGCACCGAAUCUAUUGAAUCCAUCCGUGAUGGCCUAUGUUGUCGUUCUGGGAAAUCUGAACUCCUGUGUGAAUCCGUGGAUUUACAUUUUCUUCAAUCGAUCCCAUGUACAGCGUGCCUUCUGUGGAGCUCCGAAAAGUGGAAAAAAUCACUCACAAAUUGCCAACACAACCCAAGUGUCGCCGAUUUUUUUCACGAGUGAAUUGCUUCAACGUGGCGCUUCCCCAAGACGAUUGUUCUCGUUUAGCCCAAGAUCAACAACGUACUCGUCAUGCAGUCGAAUGGCAAUAAACGGUCACUCUGAAGUGGUCACUGAGUCUUUCAUACAAAAAGACUCUGGCACUACGAUGAAUGGAAGCACGACAACGACCCGAAACUCCACCGAGCUUCCAUCAAGCAUUGUGCGUGUGUUCACGGAGAGACGAAAGAGCAAUAAACACAGUCUUGGUUUGGUGAGAGCCCGUUCAAUCUGUGCCACCCACGACGAGAAACAAGCUCUCCUUUCGCGAAAAGUUUGCAAUGAAAGC